UACAGUCUGUUCCCUCCCCACAGGUCGGUGCUGGAGCCCCUGGCCCAGUGGGACAGUCCCAUGCAGGUGAAGUUAUCCUGCUGGAAGUCGGGUCUUAACACUCUGCUGGUAGAGCUAUUGCCCUGGGCCCUGCUGGCCAACCACUCCAAAUGGGACCUGUGGCUGUUUGAGGGAGAGACAAUCGUCCUGCAGAUACCAGCCGGAAAGAUCAUUGUGCCCCCCAACUUUAAGGAAGCCUUCCAGAUUGGUAUCUACUGGGCCCAUACUAACACUGUCCACAAGUCCACAGCUCUCAAACUGGUACAUGACCUGACUUCUCCUCGGUGGAAGGAGGGAUCAGGCUCAGAGGUGGUCACUCUGGAUGAGGAGGGGUAUGUAGAGGCUGACAUCACCCUGGGAGCCUUCCCUGGCAGACAGAAGCUGUGUCAGUUUUGUGUGUCGUCUGUGGUGAGGCAUGGUAUUCAGAUUCUACAGUUAGAAGACAGAACCAUCCUGGUCAACAACACUCCUCACACCAUUCAGUACAGGCCUCUGCUGACGGACCAUGCCCUGGGAACUGACGGCCAGGUAAUGUGCAUUAACAAACUGUGUCCUUUUACUUUACACUGAAUAAGGGUUUCUCUGAAUCACAAU